GACGGAGACAGAAACGAGAGGCCCGUCCAUGGAGAUCUAUUGAACGAUCGAGGCGGAGAGGGAGGAGAGAGAAAGAUCGAAUCGAAGAGGGGGCGGAGAGAUGGCGACGGAGCGAGAGAAAGAGAGGGAGGCGGAGCUCGAGAACGCGAUGUAUACCAACUGCCUCCUCCUCGGCCUCGAUCCGGCCGUUCUCGGCGGCGGUCCCAGGCUGGGGCAUUUCCGCCACUCGAAUCCCAAGUUGGGCGAGCAGCUCCUCUACUUCUUACUCUGCGCCCUCCGCGGAUCCUCCAAGGAUUUUGAUAAAGUUUGGCCUAUCUUCGACUCUGCCCAGUCUCGUGACUUCCGAAAGAUCGUGCAAGGGAUUAUUAGUGAGCUAGAAUCGCAAGGGGUGCUGCCGCGGAGUAAUUCUAGGGUUUCGUCCCUUGCAACUUGUUGUGGGCCGAGAUUUGUUGAGCUUCUGUGGCAACUUUCCGUGCAUGCCUUGCGAGAGGUUCACAAACGAACAUUUGCUGCUGAUGUUGCUUCUAAUCCUCUGCCUCCUGCUCUAACAGAUGCUUCCUAUCAACAUGCUGCUGCAUUGCUUCCAGUGACUAAGGCUAGAAUAGCUCUUGAAAGAAGAAGAUUUCUGAAAAAUGCAAAUGCUGCUGUUCACAGACAAACCACUUGGUCAAACUUGGCGCAUGAAAUGACUGCUGAGUUUCGUGGUCUUUGUGCUGAAGAGGCCUAUUUGCAGCAAGAGUUGGAAAAACUGCAGGACAUAAGAAGCAAAGCUAAAUCGGAAGGGGAAUCAUGUGAAGAUCAUGUCUCCAGUUCUGCUCAGAAUUCACAGUUAAUAACCAAGGCUACUCGCCUUUGGGAGUCAUUAUUAGCUCGAAGGAGUCAACAUGAAGUUUUAGCAUCCGGCCCGAUUGAGGAUUUGAUAGCCCAUCGUGACCAUAGAUAUCGCAUCUCUGGGUCAUCUUUGGUUGCAGCUAUGGAUCCAACUUCACAUGUUCCUUAUUCGGGCAUACUAUCAGUUUCUUCUGGUGAAAUGUCUUCACCUGUAGAUGUUCAGGAGCAGAUGAAUUUACCUCAUCCUCAAGUGAAAAGUGAGACUCUUUCAAAGAUGGUUGAUAGGGGUGGAAUAGUUCAUCCUACAGUUGAUGUUGCUGAAAUUCUCAGACGUUGGACUCAUGCUUUACAACGUAUUCAUAAACAAUCUCUUCAUCUGGUCAAGGCUAAUGAUGGGGAGGGCCCAGAGCUACUCCGCAGCUCAUCGGAUAAUGUUAUGAGUGGGCAUGCUGAGUCCUUGGCUGUAACUCUAGCAGAACAUCGCCAACAUUUGGUUAGCAUACAGGGACUAAUUAGUCAACUUAAGGAAGCCAUUCCAGCAAUGCAAAAAUCUAUUGCAGAUCUCACUGAAGAAGUAGAAAAUAUUUCAUCAACUACAAUGGAUGGGUUUAAUGCAAGACCAACAUUAAAUAUGCAGUCACAAGGGGCUCAAGAUAUUGUUACCGAUGAUGUUGUCACUUUAAAUUCUAGACUCUCAUCCCUUCAGCUUGAGAAAGCUUCCACAAGUCCUGUUCUGAAACUCCCUCAUUUAAUCAGCCUGGCCCCCAAUUCAUCAGGAAAAAAUACACACACAUCAAAGAGGACUGCUAUAAUCACUCAAUCCAUCCAGGAAUCUUUGCCAGUGGGAACAUCAGUAGAGUCUCAGUUCACAAAUGACCGUACAGGUAGCGCAGCAAAAGAGGAUGAUAAUUACAAUGUUCAGAGUAUAAGGCGUUCUGUUCGCGAAGCAGCAUUGUCAAGACCAUUAAGAAACUCAGAAUUGCUAAAAGAAAGAAGCAAAGAUGAUGGUUCUGAACACUUCUUCAUACCUCUAUCUACAGGAGUUCCACUAAAAGAAGUAGAUGCUGUUGCUAUUCGAAGAAAACAGCAAUUAGUUUUGUCUCCACCAGAAAACAACAAUCACAAUAUUUCAAAAUUUUUUUUCUCUAACUCUGAGGGCCAGCUAGAUUCUGUUCAAACUUUAUCAAUUAAUUCAUAUGGGCUUGAUGGGCACACAAAUCAGACAGGCUUAAUUCAACCAGCCACUGUUAAUUCAAAAAGAGUAUAUCCUGAUAUUGAUGAUGCUCUCGAUCAAGUUUUCUCACCCCCAUUGUUAAUGGAAUCAUCAUUCUUCCAGGAUACUUAUGAGGACUUGCUUGCACCAUUAUCUGACACUGAUGCUGCCCUAAUGGAUUUUUAGAAGUUCGGGUUGAGUGCGUAUCAGAUCAACUUUUGAAGCUCAGUAUCUUGAUAGAUAGUCCAGUAUACACUCUCUGGUCCUUACUCUCGAGGAUCUGUAUGAUGACAUUACCUGCCAAAUGUAGCAUGUGGAUGUGCUCUUAGUAUGAUAACAGGUUGGGAGUCUGUACAUUGAGGCCGAAAUGUGUUUGAGUAAGCCAGCUUGGGCACUUCACCGAUAUUAAUGUACACUAAACGGACAGCAUUUUUGUAUGCAAUCUACAGCAGCCGUUCUUUGUGUUGUAAUAA